AUGGGUAAUUGUUGUGCUACACCCUCCACCACUGAUUACGAGAAUAAAAAGGGGAAAAACAAACCAAACCCAUUUUCGUUAGAUUACGAUGGCCCCAAUACAUCACGUCCUACUGGAUACAAAUCAUAUGUACUUGAAAACCCUACCGGACAUGAAAUUGAGCAAACGUAUGUUCUUGGUAAGGAGAUGGGUAGAGGAGAGUUUGGGAUUACAUACAUGUGUACAGAUAAAUCUACAGGUGAAGUCUUGGCCUGUAAAUCGAUUUCAAAAAAGAAACUAAGAACGAGGAUUGAUAUUGAAGAUGUAAGGAGGGAAGUUGAGAUUAUGAAGCAUAUGCCACCACAUCAGAAUAUUGUAAGCUUGAAGGGCACUUAUGAAGAUGAUAAUGCCGUUCAUUUAGUUAUGGAGUUAUGUGAAGGUGGGGAAUUGUUUGAUCGGAUUGUUGCUAGGGGCCAUUACACAGAAAGGGCUGCUGCAGGUGUCAUUCGCACCAUUGUUGAAGUGAUUCAGAUGUGCCACAAACAUGGCGUCAUGCAUCGUGAUCUAAAACCUGAAAACUUUCUGUACGCAAACAAGAAAGAAACAGCAGCAUUAAAGGUGAUUGAUUUUGGGCUUUCGGUGAUCUUCAAACCAGGUGAAAGAUUCAAUGAAAUAGUAGGAAGCCCAUAUUACAUGGCUCCUGAGGUCCUGAAACGUAACUAUGGUCCCGAAAUAGAUGUAUGGAGUGCUGGAGUAAUUCUAUACAUUUUGCUUUGUGGGGUCCCACCAUUUUGGGCUGAAACUGAACAAGGAGUUGCACAAGCGAUUAUUAAAUCGGUUGUUAAUUUCAAGAGGGAUCCAUGGCCUGUGGUAUCUGAUAAUGCAAAAGAUCUUGUUAAAAAGAUGCUUAAUCCUGACCCUAAUUUACGCCUUUCUGCUCAAGGAGUUUUAGAUCAUCCGUGGAUUCAAAAUGCCAAGAAGGCUCCAAACGUUUCUUUAGGUGAAACUGUUAAAGCAAGAUUAAAGCAGUUCUCAUUCAUGAACAAGCUCAAGAAGAGGGCAUUAAGGGUAAUUGCUGAGCUUUUAUCUGCGGAAGAAGUGGAGGGGAUAAAACAAGGAUUUGAUUUAAUGGACACCAACAAACAAGGGAAGAUAACCAUGGUUGAGUUAAAAGUUGGUUUGCAGAAGCUUGGUCAUCAGAUUCCUGAUUCAGAUCUUCAAAUGCUUAUGGAUGCCGGUGAUGUUGAUAGAGAUGGGUACUUGAACUAUGGAGAGUUUGUUGCUAUUUCUGUUCACUUAAGAAAAAUGGGAAGUGAUGAUCAUCUGAAAGAGGCUUUUGAGUUUUUUGAUAAAAACAAAAGUGGUUAUAUAGAGGAAGAAGAGCUUAGGGAAGCUUUAGUUGAUGAAAUUGAAACUGAUAAUGAGGAUAUAAUUGCUGCAAUUAUUCUAGAUGUUGAUACAGACAAGGAUGGGCGAAUUAGCUAUGAGGAAUUUGAAGCAAUGAUGAAAGCAGGAACUGAUUGGAGGAAAGCAUCUAGACAAUAUUCAAGAGAGAGAUACAAUAAUCUUAGCUUGAAAUUAUUCAAAGAUGGUUCGUUGAAUGUAGACAACGAGGGAACAUAGAAACGGUUUUUGGUGCAAAUCAAGAAUCGGUUUCUUGAUAGGAUGAAAUUUGUUUUUAUUUUUAUUUUUGGGGGUCGAUUGUACAAUGUACGCUUAAAUUGUAAUAUUUUGGUGAGAUGUCUCUGUUUAUGGUAAUAGAGAUACUGUUUUGGGUUGGAGGGUUUUGUUUGUGAGUGUAAAUGUGUUGUUAUCAUGUGUACUAAUAAGUAAUAAUAUCCUAUUGCAACACGCGUAGUGUCACCAUCCAUUUUGAAGUUCUGAGAAACUUGAUGAG